UUACAAUUAUUAUUAUUACUAUUAUUAAUUAUUAUUAUUAUUGCAUUGCUGUACGAUGUUAUUUCUUUUCCUUCUAGCUGAUGCUUAUGAUUUACUAUGCUUAUUAGUUCAUGUAUACUGAUUCUGAUUGUUGUGUAAUGUUUUGUCAUUGUGAUGUAAUAUGAUGUAAUACUGUUUGUAUAUAAGUGUAUGUUCUUUUCAUUUUUGUCAGAAGAGAUUUUAGCCUUUUUACAAUAAUCAAUAUUUACAAAAUACGAAGGUCAAGCUCUCUCCAUUCGGUCACUACACUGGCGACGAGGGUAACUGGACUACUUUGCUGUUUCUUCCUACUUCUCACUACUCACACUAUGGCUACGCACGGCAAGAUGUCGGCAUUCGAUGGUUCCAAGGAAUCUUGGACUUCUUACUCCGAGAGACUUGACUUCUACUUCAAGGCUAACAAGAUUACAGCAGCAGAAUCUCAAAAAGCAGUCUUUAUUACUGUGAUAGGACCUAGGACGUACGGGCUACUGAAGAGCCUACUACAACCAAAGACACCUCAGGACUCUACCGUCACCUUGGAUAAGAUGAAGGACGUUCUGCAGAAGCAUUUCAAUCCUAAGCCAUCUCCUAUAGUUCAGCGCUUCAAGUUCCACACGAGAGUUAGGAAACAAGACGAGACAGUGGCAACCUAUGUGGCAGAGCUCCGUGUGAUAGGAGAACAUUGCGAUUUCCAAGAUUCUCUAGAUGCUAUGAUUCGGGAUAGGCUCGUUUGUGGCAUCAACAACCAAGAGGACUACCCAUUGUUUACUUUGCCUUCUGCUGGAAAACCUAUUGUUGUUUCAGUGAGUGUCAAUAAGGUUGACCUUUCGAUGGAACUGGACACUGGGGCUUCCUUAUCUAUAAUGAGUAAAGACACUUAUUCCUCUCUUUCUUCUACUCUUCCUCCAAUUUCUCCUUCUCAUGUCAUUCUAACUACGUAUACUGGAGAGAAGAUCAAGCCAGUCGGUGCUAUAGAUGUUGAUGUUCGUUAUCAGUCCCAGACUGCUACUCUACCACUGGUGAUAGUUCCUGGAAAUGGACCUACUCUACUGGGUCGUAAUUGGUUGGAAGUUAUCCGACUAGAUUGGUCCCUUAUUAAUCAUAUUAAUUAUAAUUGUUCUUUUUCUUCUUUAGGUGAAGUACUCCAGAAGCACGCUCCAGUAUUUCGUUCGGAAUUGGGGAAGCUGCGGGACUUCACAGCCAAGAUUCACGUCCAGUCAGAUGCGAAACCGAAGUUCUACCGACCACGUCCUGUCGCUCUAUCGCUGAGACAAAAGGUAUUCGACGAGAUAGAUCGCCUAAGGGGUUUAGGAGUUAUUACACCUGUAAAGUACUCAGAGUGGGCUGCACCCAUAGUUCCCAUUGUAAAGACUGAUGGGUCUAUUCGAUUGUGCGGGGACUACAAAGUUACUGUGAACCCAGUUCUGUUAACUGAUACAUAUCCACUACCUCGAUCAGAGGAUCUGUUCGCUGCCCUAGCUGGAGGAAAGAUCUUCUCGAAACUUGAUUUAAAGCACGCUUACCUUCAGAUACCGCUAGAUGAGGCUUCCAAGAAAUUUACAACCAUCAAUACCCCUAAAGGGCUCUUCCAAUAUGAGCGCCUUCCUUUUGGAGUCUCAUCAGCACCCUCAUUAUUUCAACGUACAAUUGAGAACUUACUUAGUCACUUGCAGCAUGUAUGUGUCUACAUAGACGACAUACUCGUUACUGGUACUGAUGAUGCUGAUCACCUCAAUAAUCUUCAUGCUGUUUUGCAAACUCUAGAGGAGGCAGGACUCACUUUAAAGCAGUCCAAGUGUAAAUUUGGUGUUCCAUCAGUUGAGUACUUGGGACACAUCAUUGAUUCAGAUGGUCUACAUCCUUCAGAAGCCAAAGUGAAGGCUAUUCGAGAAGCGCCUACUCCUACUAACGUCACGGAACUGAAAUCCUUCUUAGGACUAUUGAACUAUUACCACAAAUUUCUACCAGAUGUAGCCACUGUAUUAUCUCCUCUUCAUCUACUCCUUCGAAAAGAUACUCCCUGGAAAUGGUCUCAGGACCAAGAGAAAGCAUUCCAAAAGGCUAAAGCCAUGCUUCAUUCCUCCUCUGUCUUAACGCAUUAUGAUGAGAAGAAGCCACUCGUGGUAGCUUGUGAUGCUUCACCUUACGGACUAGGAGCAGUCCUCAGCCACAGGAUGUCUGAUGGGACUGACCUGCCAGUUGCAUAUGCUUCCCGUACUCUCUCAGCAGCUGAAAAGAAGUACUCUCAGUUGGAGAAGGAAGCUCUAGCAAUUAUCUUUGCUGUUCGCAAAUUUCAUGAUUACAUUUAUGGUAGAAAAUUUGUCCUUCAUUCUGACCAUAAACCACUACAGUUUCUCCUGAGCGAGUCUAAACAGAUUCCUCUACUUGCCUCAUCUCGUAUCCAACGUUGGGCAAUUGCACUAUCAGAAUUAAUUCCACAUGCAGAUGCAUUGAGCAGACUACCACUUCCUAACUUCCCUUCUUCUGUCCCUGUACCACAAGAUGUAGUGCUAAUGUUUGAACAUAUUUCAGAAGCUAUAGUUUCAGCUGAUGAUAUUAAGAUGUGGACAGAUAAAGAUCCAAACUUAUCAAGGUUACGUCAGAUAGUACUCACUGGAGGGGAGGUACCUGAUGAUGCUCCACAACUGAAACCUUAUUCGUACUGUUUCGUAGAACUCAGUGUAGCUAAUGGAUGUCUCCUUCGAGGCUCAAGAGUGAUUGUUCCACCCCAGGGUCAGUCAGCUAUUCUUCUUCAAUUACAUGAAGCACAUCAGGGAAUGUCGAAAAUGAAGAGUCUAGCCCGCUGCUAUUUCUGGUGGCCUGGAUUAGACAAGGCAAUUGAAGAUCUAGUAAAGAAAUGUAAGGCAUGCCAAGAAAACAGGGCUCUCCCUCCUCAAACUCCUGUACACCCAUGGGAAGUUCCAAAGACUCCAUGGACACGACUUCAUAUAGACCAUGCUGGUCCUUUCCUGGGACACUACUCCCUCAUUCUGGUAGAUGCUCACUCUCGCUGGUUAGAAGUAUGCAUUGUACCUUCUACUUCCUCUGAAGCGACUAUCAAAGUCCUUCGUCACAUAUUCUCUACUCAUGGUCUUCCUCAUCAGUUGGUCUCUGAUAAUGGACCUUCAUUUACUAGUCAAGAAUUUAAGAAAUUCAUGUCUCUAAAUGGUAUUCGCCAUUCACUAACAGCUCCUUACCAUCCGAGGUCUAACGGUCUAGCAGAAAGAGCAGUGCAGACAUUUAAGAAUGCUAUUAAGAAGAUGGAAGGACCACUACAUGAAAGAAUUGCUCGAUUCCUUUUCUCUUACCGAAUCACUCCUCAAUCUACUACUGGGCAAUCCCCAGCUGAACUCUUAAUGGGACGUAGAUUAAGAUCAGUCUUAGAUACUGCUCACCCAGAUUUCACUCUACCUUCACAGAAAGAGAAGACUAAAAGCAAUGCAAGAUCAUUCAAGCUACAUGACAAGCUGUUUGCAAGGAACUACUCUGGGAAGCCAUUAUGGAUUCCUGUGGUUGUCUGUAAGGUCACUGGACCAUUGUCUUACCAUGUUGAAACUAUGGAUGGUUUAGUGCUUAAAAGACAUGCUGAUCAGCUCAGAAAAAGGUACACUGAAGACUCUGAGCCAGAUACCCUUCCGGAGGACAGUGAUUGGGAUGAUGAUUUCACUCCAUUGAUUCCUAACGUGCCUCCACCUCCUGCUCCGCCUCCUUUGCCCCCACCGAUUCGUCGAUCGACUCGUUCAAGGAUGACUACUGAUCAUGGGCCGUAUGUAUGUUAACUUAAGAGGGGAGGGGUGUUAUAUAUUGAUAUAUUAUUUUGGUAUUGAUUCCUAUUAUUAUUUUCUAAGGCAUUUUGAUUACAGUUAUUUCUAGU